CGGUUCCGUUUGGGCCGUUUCAGUCCCAGAGAGACGCUCGUGCGGUGUGAAUGGCAACGACGGCAGUGUGAUCAAGUAGUCCGUAGGAUCACCACUGCUAGAAGGGAGCUAGGGAGCAGUUCGACAACAACGGCGACACGGCGGGCGUUUUUUUUUUGUUUUCUACUAAGCGCAAUAAAAGUAUUGCAGAAGCGGCGCAUCGGCGGCGGCAGCAGCAGCAGCGGCAGCAUCCGACAACCGUCAGUCGCGGUGACGACGGUGACAGAUUAACUGUGGAUUAAGAGAAACACGCGUGAUCGUGUUCUGAAGCGGGUUGUGUGCGUGCUUGCGCGAUUUGGUGAACAUCUUCGCGCGCAACAGUUUCCUGUAGAGACACCUAACCAUGGCUGUGUUCGGACUGGUCUCGUCGGUGGCCGGCUUCAUCAAGGUCCGGUAUCUGAUCGAUAAGGCCAUCAUCGACAAUAUGGUGUUCCGGUGUCAUUACCGGUUAACCAGUGCUGUGCUGUUUCUGUGCUGCGUGCUCGUGACGGCCAACAAUCUGAUCGGUGAUCCUAUUUCCUGCAUCAACGAUGGCGCCAUCCCCGGCCAUGUGAUCAACACGUACUGCUGGAUUACGUACACCUUCACGCUGCCCGGCCAGCACGGCCGACCGGUGGGCACCUCGGUGGCGCACUCCGGCCUCGGCAACGAGUACAACCAGGAGCGGACGUACCACAGCUACUACCAGUGGGUGCCGUUCAUGCUCUUUUUCCAGGGCCUCCUGUUCUACAUGCCCCACUGGAUCUGGAAGAACUGGGAGGAGGGCAAGAUGCGCAUGAUCUCCGACGGGCUCCGAGGCAACACGAUCAUCGGCCCGGACGAGCGCAAAGGACGCCAGGGUCGGCUCGUGCGGUACCUGUACGAAUCUCUCAAUACGCACAACAGCUACUCGUUCGGGUACUUCAUCUGUGAGGCGCUGAACUUCAUCAACGUGGUCGGCAACAUCUUCUUCGUGGACAAGUUCCUCGGCGGUGCUUUCCUAACCUACGGUUCCGAUGUGCUCAAGUUCAGCGACAUGGAUCAGGAGAACCGCUCGGAUCCCAUGAUCGAGAUAUUCCCUCGUGUGACCAAGUGUACCUUCCACAAAUACGGAGCUUCCGGAAGCAUCCAGAAGCACGAUGCCCUCUGCGUUCUGGCGUUGAAUAUCCUGAACGAGAAGAUCUACAUCUUCCUGUGGUUCUGGUUCAUCCUGCUGUCGAUCCUGUCCGGGCUGGCCAUCCUCUACUCGGCGGCCAUCGUCAUGAUGCCUACGACGCGCGAGGCCGCCCUCAAGCGUCGCUUCCGCUCGGCCACGGCCAACCAGAUCGAGAACCUGGUGCGCCGGAUCCAGAUCGGAGAUUUCCUCAUGAUCCACCUGCUGGGGCAGAACAUCAACGUGACGUCCUACGGCGAGGUGCUGUCGUCGCUGAUGAACCACCUGAACGAGGACCGACCGGGCGAUACGCCCUCGGCGCCGUCCACCCUCGAGAUGGCUCCCAUCUAUCCGGAAAUUGGAAAAUACGACAAGGAGAAAGCCGCGAUGCACCAGGAAUACGAAGCCUAGAUCAACUACCCAACACACACAUACAUAGACACACAUACUACGAAUCGAGAGAAAGAGAGAGAGCAAAAGCUGUGUUUUAGAAAGCAUUAGAAGAACAAAGGGAAACAGGAAGAAGUCAACACACAGGAAACCUGGAAUGAGUGAGUGAUGCCGGAGCGAAAGAGAGCGCGAUAGAGGAAGAGACUAACACGGAGCGAGAGAGUGCGGGUGCAAGGUGGAAGGAUUGCUUUAGAUAGGACGCUACUACAUUCCCGAGGCAAACAGGAACAGAGGAAGACAGAGAAUUUUAGGAACUCGGCGAUGACGAUGAGUGUGCGAAAGGAAGUGUCUUGUCAGAGUAGUGCGAGCGCGAGCAAAACAGAGAGAAGGAAAGCGAGAGCAUUUUUUGUUUGUUUUUAAAUAUACGAAGGGAGCCGAAUUUUUUGCGGUUCCCAGAUAGAAUUCAAACUUCAGAGGAGCUAACUAUACAUGAAUAUUUGUAUUUUAAUCGGUAGGAUUUUAGCCAAGUACACGAAGCAUUUUACGUGCGAUUUCUGUCAAAAUUUUAAACGUCAAUUGAGGAAUCUUUGAAAAUGACAAGACUGUCUCUAUUUAAAAAGCGAAACUGUAAGUGAAUAACCUCCAGGAAUUUAGCCCUCGAAUACUACUUUAAAUUUUAGCGUGUAUCUAUUCAAUCAAUCAAAAAUCUAUUUUCUAGGGUUUACACUGAGAAAAAAAAUGAGCGCAUUUAGUAUUAUUCCAAACGUCAAUCGUGAUAGUAAGCGUUUAGCACAGAUGAAAGACAAUCACCGGAAGCACUAUUUCGAAUGAUACAUAAUACUUUUUUUAACUAUAGAUACAAGAGAAUAAAACGAAUUGCCAUAAAUCGUAAGAGACAAUAAAACAUAAUCCCACGGGAACACACAAACACAUACGCAUACAAUCCAACUAACACACAAAAACAAUAGGCUAUAGAGAGUAAACAAUUAUAAUCGAAUCGGAAAUGUUAGAGUGAGAGCGUGAGAGCGCAACACGUGCAACAUCCCAACCAAGUGCAACAAUGUCAACGCCCGAGAACGACGCGGUAGUAGUGCUCAAAGUAGUUCAUUUUACAAACAAACGCGCAUUUAUCAAUCAGCCCAAAACACGGAAACUGAGAAACAAAAUCAACAUAACCUUAAAACGUUUUCCAACUUAUCCUUCGAAGACCCCCGCCGCAUUUCCCAUUUUCUAACCCAACGCAACUCAUCCCCACACUUUUGUCUUGUUUUAGUAGGUAGAACAAUUUUAAAAAGUACGGAAAAAGCUGCCUUAUAGCGUCGUGAACUAAUUUUACAUACAUACAUAACGAUUAUAACAAGAAGUUUAUAGACAGACAGCCGAACGCGGGAAGGAAGUUUCAUCUCAUUAGAACUGUAAGUGAAUAGAAAGAGGGAAGCCAACCCUCGUUCUACUCUAGAAGUGGUCACACAUUUUCUUUUGCUAGUAAGUAGAAACCGAUUUUUUUUUCAUUUCAUCUUCACUUCUCCCCCCUAGAGUUUUUGGUCCUAUUUUGACUCAACAACACAAAACACAAAAGACAGUUAGUAGUACAUAGCUAUACAAGUGAAAUUCCAUCAAGGUUGUCGACAACACACAGAAACGAGAAUUCCUUUUGCAUGCAGUAGUUACGGCACCAGAUUCCGGUGCUGCGGCUGCUGCUGCGUCUAAACAGGCAGACAGAAGACAGAACCUAUCUCAGUUUAUAUCUCAAACUUGCAAAAUAAGGAGAAAUUUUAUUGUGAUAAGAUCGAAAUUUAGAGGAAAUAAAUAUCAUUUUUUAAUAAGA